UGCAGAUCGCACUUAAGAAAUAAAUACUCCAUUAUCUUAAUAAAUACUUAUUGAAGUAAAAAAAUUUUGCGAAUUGCAUAAUUGGGAUGAAAAUUCUAUGACUUUUUAACUUCCUUUAUAAUCAACAAAUAUUAAAAAUCAUAUUUCUGAUAAAUCAUUUGAUUUUUUAAAAGAUAAACUUGUUUUAGAAGAAGAUAAAAAUUAAAUUUCUAAAAUGUCAAAAAAUUUAGCAGAAUUAGUUAAUGCUGCAGAUUAUUUGGUUUUUAAAAAACUCUAUACUACUCUAGUUGUUGUUUUGCUUACACCAUUACAUGUAGAACCUACUUAAUAAGGUAUUGAUUAAUUUUUUUAAAAAUGGGGAUAUUAAUAGGAAGAUAUUGAUGGCGAUAAUUUAACUUAAGUAGUUGAAGAAAACUAAAAUUUAUUUGAAAAAAUAGUCGAAGUUUAUAAAUAAGAUAUCGAUAUUAUAGAAUAAUUUCAAGGUGUUACAGAUGAUUGGUAUUUAAGUUGA